AUGCAACUGUCCAGCUACGAAAAUAUUACCCAAGAGAAUAUUAUCUUUAAUGAAACCAAAGAGUACAAAGUCAAAGAUAGCAAGAUUAAAUACAAACGUAUUCCAAUUGAAGUCAAAUACCUAAAUGGAAAGAAAGGACCACUUGUAAUCGAAACUCCAGUUCUUUUCUCUUUUGGAGUAAAUGAAAAGAAAAACCAAGAAACAAAUAAGUUAGUAGGUUAUAGUAUUCCAGUUUGUCUUUGGGCUAAAGAUAGUGAACCGAGUAGUAAAGAAAAAGCAUUUUUUGAUGUUAUUAAUAAUGUAACAACUCUAUCUCAGAAACAUUUAGAGAAUGAAUAUGGACCAGAUCUAGCAUCAUCUCUAUCUUCACCAUUUUACUAUAAACAGGAGGAGUAUAUGGAUAAGAAAGGAAAAAAGAAAACAAGAAUUAACCCCUCAUCUUCACCAGUUCUUUAUGCAAAACUUAUUUACUCUGAGAAAUCAAAGAAAAUUCUUUCACUAUUUAAAACAAAGGGAAGGAAAGAUUUAAAUCCUUUUAAAUAUAUUAAUCAAUAUUGCAAUGUUAAAAUGGCACUAAUAAUCGAAGGAAUCUUCAUAAGUAAGACUGUUACAUCUUUACAAAUAAAAGUACAUGAGUGCUAUAUCAAACCAUUAAAACCUAGAGAAUCUUUACUAACGAUUGAAGAGGAGGAGAGUGAGGGUGAAGAGAUACCUGAUCAAGAAGUUGAAGACUUAAUUUUAUCUGAUGAAGAAGAAGAUGAGUAA